GAAAAUUUUCAACUUUUUAUCUCCAUCCCCGUUUACAGUACCGACGGUUCCCGUUAUGAGUCACCCUUUCUUUUGUUGUGGUUGUUGUUGUUAUUCGCACGUACGCGAAAAUAAGACGUUAACAACGUAAACAACAAACCUGUUUACGUAGCUUAUGCAGUAUCAGACCAAUCAGACAACCCCACCACUAGCAAGGGUAACGUUUUCAGAAGUGCAUAAAACCAGCUUCUGAGUUUCAUUAUCGUUCAAAGUGAACUGGUUCAUCAACAGUGGCAUGUGUUAAAGUUAAAUUUCGCGAAAAUUUUUUAACAAUCCUAAAUAAUCUCGUUCCAGUUGAUUUAAUUCUUUUUUCGUCGUUGUUUUUAAAAUGGACAUUUUUCAAAAUAAUUUUGUUUCUUCAAAUUACUCGUACCCGUGGGACAAUUGGGACACCGUAUACCCAGACAACAGAGGUCCGUCCCCAACAACUCAUCAGAACAUUCCGAUAUUCUCAAUCGGGAAGUCAAAUGAUGCUGCAAACGUUGCUCCGUAUUGCUCUGUAUGCGGUGAUCAUGCAACCGGUAAGCACUACGGUGCGGCAGCUUGUGAUGGUUGCAAAGGAUUUUUCCGAAGAUGUAUCCGAAAAAAUCAAAAAUUCGUUUGCAGAUCCAAAACUGGUUGCAUAGUUGACAAAGAGAAACGCAAUAGUUGCAGACAGUGCAGACUACAGAAAUGCUACGCAGUCGGAAUGAAAGCAGAAUCUGUUCAAAGCGAAAGGGAUAAAAUAAGUCGCAGAAAAUCCAACGAAAAUCAAGAUUUUCCAGGUGAAAAUUCCUUCACAGCUUUGUUGAACGCGGAAACGGUUUUUAGAUACAGUGAACCUACUCCUACGAUUGAGUUGGAUUUCGAUUUUCCGGAAAGUAAAAUGGCUGACAUUCAAGACGUUUGCGAUUUGAUAAAAAAACAAAUUCAACUUCUCAAUAAUUGGUCCACAGAGAUCGCUGCGAUUUUCAAUAUCUCAGAAGACGACCGAAUCAAUUUGUUACGAGCUCAUGCAGGACGUAAUCUGCUGUUACAAUUAAGCCGACGUUCAGUAUAUUCGACAGAUAAACUGGUUUUGCCAAAUAAUCUUAUUCUGCUUAAAGAAGGAAAUGAAUACUGGGAAGCAUCAGGAUUCGACAUGGAUAAAAUCAUUACCAGGGUGACAGACCAAUUAGUGAGAUCGUUUCUCGAUAUUGAAAUGGAUGACAAGGAAUUCACUUGCCUAAGAGCAAUUACCUUCUUAGAUCCAAACGCUAAAAAUUUACAAGGAAAGGAGGCAGUAAGAAACCACCGUCGUGAAAUAACCACUUAUUUGGAAACUUGCAUCAACUCUAAACAGCAUGAUAUCGAAACCCGGGGACGAUUCGCAGAAAUACUUUCAACAAUCACGCCCCUCCAAUCAAUAAGCGAACAAAUGAUUGCUUCAAUACGAUAUGCCGUAACGUUCGGUAAUUUAAAAAUUGAUGAACUACUGCAAAACAUUUUUUUAGACGACGAUAUAGAAUAAAAUAUUUUAAACUAAUUAAGCAUUAAGGCAUUCAAGACUGAUUAGUAAGUAAUGGAUAACUGAAAAUUUUUAAAAUACAUUUUCAAGUAUGAA